AUGACCGACAUGUAUCGUAUCGUGUACCACGCAAACUACGUUACCUACGCGCAGCGAGCAAUCGAGCAUGCGUUUGGCGCACCCGGUGUCCGCGUCCACAGCCUCCCCAUCGUCAAGUACAGAGCGGCGGCCACUCUGGGCGAGGAGAUAACCGUGCAGGGAACCCUCGUCUCGUGCGACGACAGCAGCAGCGGUGGCGGGCGCUCGCGCUGGCGCUUCGAGCUAGCCGCCGCUUCCGACCCCUCUCGGGUUUUCGUCACCGCAGAGGCCACCGUUUCCUGGCUGGGAGGGGCGGCUAUGCCCCCGGGGGUGGCGGUAAGCAAACUGCCGAGGAGCGCGGAACCAACGAUGACUGACGACACGGAGCUGCUGCAGCCGUUGCCCGAGGCGUUCACCGACUCGCCCAAGACUCUGAAGGUGGUGGUGUGGAGCGAUGAUUUGGAUGGAGGGGGGAAUCUCUCGAUCCGUGCGGUGCUCAACUACUUCGAGCGGAUACGCACGCUCAGCCUGGGGAGAGGUCAAGACGGCGAGCUUGGGCUGAUGCGACUGCAUCGAGAGGGAGUUUCCGUGGUGGUAACAAGCAUAUCCGAUCUCCGCGUGAACAGCGACGGCUUGGUUGCGGGAGAGACGCUGGAUGUGCGUCUAGGAGCAAAGCUAUCGAGGGGCAACAGGGUGAUGACCAUGUACGAAUCUCUGUGGAGGGAGAAUGGGACUCUCGUCGCGCACGCGGAGAUCGCGCUGUUCUGCAUGGACAACGAAACUCGCAAGUUUCGACCGGUUCCCGAGUGGGUGCAAGAAGCCAUAAUGCUGCCCUCUGCCGUCCUUUGAAUGCGGAGCGGAGUGUCUGCCUCAAUCCAUGUUAUUCUUGCAGAUUUUCUACCAGAGGUACAUGGUUACGUUAUUCUGGCAGUUUUUCUACAAGUGCAUGGUUCCCCCGGGGGUGUGUAGACGGUAGGUGCGAUAGUGCCCUCUUCAUGCCUGGGUGCCGCCGCAGCACCUAAGGCAGCUAGUGCCAAAAAUGGUCAGAGUAGGAGUGCCCGGUCCGUGUGCGGUUGCAUUGCGCGCAGGCACAAGCAUAGCAUACAGCCCUUCAAUUGUCGGCGAACUACCACACGGAGACGGGAAAUGUUUGCUGAUGCGCUAAAUCGUGGGUGCUUUGAUGUCUCCUCAAGCGAUACACUCCCGAAAUCAACAGCGGUGCGGUGCUGCCUUCGACAUUGCAUUUGUCUGAAGCCGCGGCAGAGCUCUUACCCUAUGAUACUGCUGUCAUAAUGUCGAAGCUUGUGCAGCAAUAAAAAUCGGCAGCUUCCUCAACGAACAUGGUGUAGAGAAGAUGAUGUGUGCUUCGUCACAACGAUCAACUCUUACGUGGAGGAUAUGGACAGAGGAGGGGAGGUCAAGUGGCGGCUUGCGUCCUUGCUGUUCUGCUGCAGGUUUCCUGAAGGUGCAAACCCCGAUGCAGACUGACCAACACUCGACCACACGAUCCUUGAAAACAAGAGAUGAUUCUCCCAACCCGUGGACCCGCGCAUUCCCCAAACCCAGUUCAGAAAACCUGUCAACCACGUUAACCUUUCCUAGCAUUGUUCCAGCGAGGGUCUCCGAAUCUUACCCCUAUCGUUCGGUGUUACGCACUGCUGUGGUGCUUGGCAGGCUUCAGCUUCCCACCGCCUGGUUGUCCUUGGGGUACUAUUCCAUAGAGAACUUUUACAUGUCGCCGUCGAAGUACGACGGUUCAUCCUCAAAGUCCCACAGACCACCCUGAUGCUCUGGGGGCACCGGCUCAAUAAUUGGAGCGUUGUACAGAGAGGGGACGGGUGGCUCCACGAUCAGUUCGCGUAUCUUGCCCAUGCCCCCAGCAACAACAACGAAACCCCCGCUCUCCCCCUUGGCCUUUCCUUCUCCUCCGCCACCCCCACUGUGGCCCUUCUUGAACGCUUGGCUGUUCUUCCACUCCUCGAAAUCCAUCUGAUGGGCCCAACUAGUGUGAGAAACGAACUCCGUAUAACCGGGUCUGGCCGCGGGCGCUCCCUCUUCCUCCUCGUUCUUCUCUACCUCUCUGGUGUCUAGCCUUAGCAGCAUGAACUGCUCGAAGCCCGAAAAGCUGGCCAGCUUGCUCUCUCGCUCCCUCCACAUGGUUUCAAACUCCUCCUCACAGCCAAGCUUGACCUUGAACCUGGA